UUAAAAGGAAAAUCACAGUCGUCGUCUUCGACUCAAGGACGACGGUGGUGUGAGUUGCAAAAUGGAGAAUCAUUCAGACACUGAGAGCACACAGCUUUUCGGCGAUUGGGAUUCUCCUGCGGUGAAAGACACUAGAAAGGAGAGAGGAGCUUCCACAUCAACUGCUGGAGUAGGCAGGAUGCUCCCACCGUGGGCUGACCCCUCCUACGAAUGGGGUGGUGGGAAAUGGAAAAUAGACGGAAGAAAGAACAAGAAGAACAAAAACAAGAACAAAGAGAAAGAGAAAGAGAAAGACAAAGAGAGUGAUUUGAGCAUUGAGGAUCUCAUGAAAGAAUACUCUUCGCUACCUCCUCAAAUCGCUGAGUGGUAUUGGUGUAUCGAAUAUGUUGCCAAAUUCCACAAGGACCUUAGCUGCAUAUUCGAUGUGAUGAACAUGGGUUAUCCCUGCACAGAUGACUACGGGAGCAGGAUUAAUGAAGUCGUGUCUCUUAGAAUCUUGGAGUCCUUGUUUGAUCCUACCAAGAUUGAUGCUACUAUGGUCGGGCCAAGAAUUGAGUUUGAUUUCUCUUUGAGCAGCAAACAUGUUCUCUAUACCAUUCUCCAACAUAUUACAGUAUCAGAAGCACGACCAGGCAUGCCGGAGCUGUCCAAGUUCAAUCUUCUUCCUUUUAUUUCUCACAAGAACAUGUCUUUACCCCUAUGUGCACUGGAGAUGCUGAGAGAUGUUAGUGCUAUGGAGAAUAAUAGUAUAAGUGCAGCUUCUCCUACCGUGGAACCAAAUGACUCUGUUUAUAGAGAUGAGCAACCAGAGCAGCAAGCGCAUACUGGUUUAGAGCAAACCAAUAUACUCGUUGAGGAUAAUGUAGUUGUCGGCGAUGAUCCCAUGCAGACUAAUGAGGGAGAUGAAGUAAUUGUGAUCGAUGGCAAUGACACUAGUGCUGAGAAACCCAUUAAUAACGACGGUAAUACUACUAGGGAAACCUCUUCUUCAAGGUCGGAUGUGUGUGUAAAAUGUACAAAAGAUGGAGCCUGGUUAAUCUGUGGGAGCAGUGAUAAUGAGUCAGAUAUAGUUAAAGGUCCACCAAGACCCGAGAACGUAUGCUGGAAAUGUGAAAGAGGAGGAGCGUUGUUGAUAUGCAGCAAAAGCGAUUGUGCAACAAAAGUUCAUAAAGAAUGCUUGAAUUGUCCAGCUAACUUUGACGAACACGACAACUUUCACUGCCCUAUGUGCUGGUAUGGUCGAGCCACUAAGGAGUACAUUGAGUCUCAGCAGUUGAACAGUUGUGCAAAGAGAAGAGUAGCUAAGUUUUUACCGCUGCUUUUUAGAGCAAGCAAGAGACUGAAAUGAUGGAAGGUCUUGUUACAAACCUGACUAGUAUCUAACUUUUUGGGAGUAAUUAGAGAACGGAGCAAAUCUUUUGUAUGCUGAUGCUAAUCUUUGGUAUAAAAAAAUAUUUUGGAUUUAUUAAACUUGAAAAGACAAAAUUUUAAUUUUUGUUAGUACUUUUGAUGUUCCAUUUUUCUAUAAUUGUUACCAGGUAAGUUGACGAUCUUAAGACAUAGAUUUACUUUUUGUUAAACCUUUU